CUUCAGGUGUCUCAGGUGGAGAUCAUGAGGCUGGGAGACAGAGUGAGUUGGGGCAGAGGAAGGGGAGGAGGAGAAGAAGAGGACAUGGCAUGAUGGAGCAGAUCCAGCCAAGAUAAGAUGACUUAUUGGCAAGUAACUUUUAGAGAAUGCGCCUGGGAAGUGGCCAGACUAGCUUAGUAAAUUAAUUUAAAUUGCACCUGCCCAGUUAUUGUCCUAAGGCUUGUUUAAGUAAAUUAAUAAGUCUUACCAGGCGUGGUGGUGCAGGCCUGUAAUCCCAGCAUUUGAGGAGGCAGAAGCAGCCAGAUCUCUGUGAGUUUGAGGCCAGCCUGGUCUACAAAGAGUCGAGGACAGCCAAGGCUACAAAUAGAAACCCUGUCUUGCAAAACAAACAAACAAAAAAUUAAUAGGUCUCUGUCUCAAUUAUUGGGGGUAGGGGGGCUAGUCAGGUUAGUUGAGCCUUCAAGAGUUAAAUAAAUAUUCAACAACACAUUAGUGCAGAGACUUUUUAAGGGAGCCAUAUAAACCCAGCUUCUACGAGAUGUGAACUUCAAUGAUCUCACAGUUUUGUUCACUGAAGCUUGUUUUAAAACCCAUGCAUUGGGAGCUAGGCAUAGCAGUGAAAGCCUUUAAUCUCAGCACUUGAGAGAUAUAGACAGUGGAUUUCUCUGAGUUGGAGGCCAGCCUAGUCUACAUAGUUCUAGGACACCCAGAGUUACAUAGUUAAGAAAGACCCUGUCUCAAAAAUAAACAAAGCAACAACAGCAAAAACAUUCAUUGGCAGAGCUGGAGUUGCUCAUCGGAUGACAGCACCUGAUGCUCUUCCAGAAGACCCAGGUUUGAUUCCCAGGAAUGGUCACCCGCAAGCUUCUUGAAACUGAUUUCCUCAUGUUGUUUCUGGAUUAAAGCCAGAAUCAACUUUGCCUGUUUCUAAUCAAAUAACAGAGAAGACAAUAUAGAACUCCUGACUUCAGUUAGAUGUUCCUGGGAGGCUGUGUCUGCACUGAGCCUAGCUGAGCACUGAUUCAUUCUGACUCGAGUUCUUUCAGACGGAAGAAUGGGGGAGAUUUUCAGCUUCGUCCUCAUCACUGUUGCUCUCAUAAUGGUCAGGGAAACCUGGGCCUUCGAGAAUGACAACUGUUUGCAGGAGCAGGUGAGACUCAGAGCUCAGGUGCACCAACUUGAGACCCGGGUCAAACAGCAACAGGUCAUGAUCGAACAGCUCUUGCAUGAGAAGGAAAUCCAAUUCCUGGAUAAAGGACAGGAGAACAAUUUCUUUGACCUCGGAAGCAAGAGGUAUUAUUCAGAUUGUUCAGAGAUUUACAAUGAUGGGUUUAAGCAGAGUGGAUUUUACAGAAUCAAACCUCUCCGGAGCCUGGCGGAAUUUUCCGUUUAUUGUGACAUGACUGAUGGAGGAGGAUGGACCGUAAUUCAGAGACGAUCUGAUGGCAGUGAGAACUUUAGCAGGGGUUGGAAUGACUAUGAAAGUGGCUUUGGAAAAUUUGUCCAAAACAAUGGUGAAUACUGGCUGGGUAACAAGAACAUUAACUUACUGACUAUGCAAGGAGACUACACUUUAAAAAUCGACAUGACAGAUUUUGAGAGAAAUAGUCGCUUUGCACAAUACAAAAGUUUUAAAGUUGGUGAUAAAAAGUCUUCUUAUGAACUGAGAAUCGGAGAGUACUCUGGAACCGCUGGAGACUCCCUUUCCGGGACUUUCCACCCUGAAGUGCAGUGGUGGGCUGGGCACCACAGAAUGAAGUUCAGCACGUGGGACAGAGAUAAUGACAACUACGAAGGGAACUGUGCUGAGGAAGAGCAGUCUGGCUGGUGGUUUAACAGGUGUCACUCUGCAAACCUGAAUGGUGUAUAUUAUCAGGGCCCCUACACAUCAGAAACGGAUAAUGGUGUUGUCUGGUACACCUGGCAUGGAUGGUGGUAUUCCUUGAAAUCUGUGGUUAUGAAAAUUAGGCCAAAUGACUUCAUUCCAAAUAUCAUUUAGUUGUUCCUAUGGGGCUCUCCUUUCUGUAAUUCAUCUUGGUUGGAAAUAUUUGAAAAACAUAAUUCUGAAUAAUAGAUGCCUGGUGAUGGUAA